AUGGAGCUAUCUGAUGUGUCAAUGGGCAACACCGAUAAUCCUCAGGAGAAAGAAAAACCUGAGAGACCCACGGGACUCACUUAUGGAAUCGAUGACGCGCCUCCUUGGUAUCUCUGUCUUUUUAUGGCGCUUCAGCAUUACCUUACGAUGAUCGGAGCAAUUGUGUCAAUUCCCUUCAUUCUGACUCCAGCGCUAUGCAUGGCGGAAGACGAUCCGUCCAGGAGUUACAUAAUCUCGACGAUGAUAUUCGUCACCGGCCUGGUGACAAUGCUCCAGACUACGUUCGGGUGCAGACUUCCGCUGGUCCAAGGUGGAACUAUAUCCUUCCUAGUUCCUACAUUGGCGAUUCUGAGUCUUCCGCAGUGGAAGUGUCCUCCAGAGGAAGAGCUAAGCAAAAUGAGCUCAGAAAACAGGACAGAACUUUGGCAGAUCCGCAUGAGAGAACUGUCUGGAGCGAUUGCAGUCUCGGCGCUGUUUCAAGUGAUCAUCGGGUUCGGAGGAAUUGUCGGGUACUUGUUGAAGUUCAUCACUCCCUUGACAAUUGUACCCACUGUUUCUCUGGUUGGGUUGUCGCUGUUUGAGAACGCUGCUGCUGCGGCUUCCCAACAUUGGGGUAUUGCUGCUGGGACAAUAAUCAUGCUGACAGUGUACUCUCAAUUGCUAGUAAACGUAUCAGUGCCACUGAUAGUAUACCGAAAGAGCGAAGGCUUUAAGGUUAUCUGGUUCGCAUUGUUCAAAUUGUUCCCAGUACUGCUGACAAUCGUAGUAAUGUGGGCGAUUUGUGGAAUCCUGACAAUAACGAACCACCUUCCAGUAGGACACCCAGGGCGAACGGACACCAAGCUGAAAAUAAUCGAAGACUCUCCUUGGUUCCGAGUUCCAUACCCAGGACAGUGGGGAACCCCAACAGUAAGCUUGUCAGGAGUGCUGGGAAUGUUGGCAGGCGUGCUAGCGUGCACAGUAGAGUCCAUCAGUUACUACCCGACAACUUCAAGAAUGUGCGGAGCGCCACCUCCGCCAAUUCACGCAAUAAACCGCGGAAUCGCCAUUGAAGGUCUGGGAACAGUUCUGGCAGGUCUCUGGGGCAGCGGGAACGGAACCAACACAUUUGGAGAAAACGUCGGAACCAUCGGCGUCACCAAAGUCGGAAGCAGGCGAGUAAUCCAGUGGGCAUGCGUCCUAAUGGUUCUUCAAGGAGUGAUCAGCAAGUUCGGCGCUGUCUUCAUCAUAAUUCCCGAGCCAAUCGUCGGAGGGAUUUUCUGCGUGAUGUUCGGGAUGAUUGCCGCCUUUGGGUUGUCAGCGCUGCAGUACAUUAACCUAAACUCCGCCAGGAACUUGUACAUUCUAGGAUUUUCUAUAUUCUUCCCGCUAGUUCUGUCCAAGUGGAUGAUCCAGAACUCUGAUGUAAUCAAAACAGGGAAUGAAAUAGCCGACGGAGUAAUUACUGUCCUUCUCAGCACGACCAUCCUUGUCGGCGGAUUCGUCGGUUGUUUCCUGGACAAUAUUAUUCCUGGAACCAGCGAAGAGAGAGGAUUAGACGCUUGGGCCAAUGAAAUGGCGCUCAACUUUGAUGAAGCUGAUGAUAAAACAGACGGCGAGUACAUUCCAAAUACUUUUGACUUUCCGGUCGGCAUGACGCUGCUCAGGAAAUGGAAGUGGACUUCUUACUUACCUUUCAUGCCGACUUACCGACCUAGAGCGCGCAAUUACAUUGAAACUAGUAUUUUUAAUGAAACUUAUAUGAAAAAUAAGUCACUCUGGUCUGUAAUCGUUUUGUUUCGUCCCUAG